AUGGGGGGAAUUAGUGAUUUUUUCGAAAGCACGGCCGAAAAGAUCUGGAACUUGCUUUGUGAUAUUUUCCACCGACCCGGAAGAAUUCUAAAUGCGCUCCUUGAAAAUGGAUUUUUCAAAGACGCCAAGGCGAAAUUGACAAAUUGUACCGCCACUUGUCAGAGGCUGCUAAGCUCAGCAACAAAUGACCCAAUUGAAUUGUGGAGAAGACGCGCUCAAGGCUCAACUUCACGGAUCAUCGACUACUUCUACAUCGCGGCUUGUACUGCCCCGCUCGUCUACUACAUUUAUUUCAACUUCAUCAAGCCAAACGGGAAUCAGCUCAAAUCGUCGGCAGAGCCGAAGAAAAUUGAGAAUGGAGAGCAGAAAACCGCGCCGCUGGUUGAUGAGCCAAGAAUUGAGCCAGAAGAAACUGCAAAAGUCGAGAAAAAACAAAAUGUUUAUUUGCAUAAGUACUUUGGCGAAAAUUCGAGUCAAAAUGCGCUAGAAACAAGCCGGACUGUAAGAAAUCGCGCCGGGGGAGAAUCGGUUCUUUCGACAUUCCAGGUUGACGAUGAAUCUGGGCUUCGCAAAAUCAAAUCAAACAACGAGGACUUCAUGAAAAAAUUCUUCAAGAGUGACGGAUCAAUUAAAGCCAUCAGCAAACCCGUCCAGGAAUCCGCUCCGAAGCCUGCGCCGAAAUAUGGAGAAAAAGAGCAAGAAUCUGAAAUCAAGGAAGAGAAAAAAUCGCCAUUGAAGAAAGAUGAUUUCCUUUUGAACUUCUUCGGUUCCGAGUUUGAUACGAAACGGAACCCGAAUGAAAAGGUCAUUUCUGAAGAAGCAACUUACAGUAAGAUCACAGUCGAUAUCACAGUGGGUGGGGAGCGAAAACCAUCAGUGACCAAUUACGAACCAAGCGAGGGAGUCAGUCUUAAUCGAGUCCUCUCAAGCGAAGAUUUCGCCGAGAAAUUCUUCAAGUCUACUUCUACCUCCCCUGUUUCCGAGCCAGAAGAGCCCCUGCCAGAAGCGAUGCCGAUAAUGGUUCCAAUAGCGAAUGAAAUCGCUCGAACCACGAUGCUGGACGUCGCUUUUUCUCCAAGCUCAGAGAGUUCGUUUAGUACAAUUGAGUUGGAACUGGAUUCCGGCUUUGUUCAAGAUUUCUCGAGCGGGAACUUUCAAAAUGAAGAUGAAAAACUGAUUGAGCCAGAAUUGGAAAAGCUUGUUGAGGUCGAGCCAAAAACAACAAUAGUCGUUGAUGUGAGUCCAAAGCAGGAGCAAGUUUCCUUCCAGCCCGAAAGUGAAGUCCAAUCCGAGGUUCAGCUAGAUCAAAAAAUCGAACCCGAGCUCCAAUUAGAACCAGAAAUCGAACUCGAACCGAAAAUUGAGCACGAGCUUCAAGUUGAACCAGAACUUCUUCCCGAACCAGCAAUCCAUCCCGAGCCUCAAGAUGAGCCAGACUUCGAGCCCGAGCUUCAACUCGAACCCGAGCUAGUUCUCGAACCAGAAGUCGAACCAAUUUCCGAGCAAGUAAAUCUCGAAGCCACCAAGCCCCAAGGAGCCCCCUUCAUUAUCAAAAGCCAAAUCAAAAUCAGCCCGGGAAAAGCCGAAAUCGAAGCACUCCAACUUCAAAAUGCUGAAGUUUCCAAUCUGCAAUCGCUAGAAAAUCAAGUCGAGUCUUCAUCAGAGGGCCUGUUGAGCGAGCUCGCUCCAGUUUCUGAAGCUCAAGAAUUGCCAGAAGAAGCAUUUUCUCCUGGACCAGUUUCGCCUACUGACAGCAAGAAAUCGUAUCAAGAUAAACUCGCAAAAACGAGGUCUCUGAUGCGGGAUCAGGAGCAAGACUUCUCAUCAGAACCUGAUAACUUUUCAACCAGCUCUGGGUCACUAUAUUCCGAAUUACAGUGCAAGCCUGAGGAUGAAUUCACCAAAGCCCUUUCCAAUGGAAGCCUUAGCUCAUCCGAAUUCGAGUUCAACCGCCAACAAGGAAAAAUGGCAAGCCUAAAAGUGCCAGGCACUGUUCCAGAGCUUUACACAGAAACUGGAGAAGACGAAGAGCUGAAUUUUGACCCCUUGGAUGAAAUUACUUUCAAUGCUGGUUUCGGAAUGAAGACAUCCCUCCGGUCAGUAAUUGAUGCGGGCUUGAUAACACCAGUAGAAGCUGAAGAGCUAAUUACUGGGCAGAUUACUCAUGCGGAAGUUGAGAGAGAUCUUUACAGAUGGCUUUUUGCAGGCUCUAGCGCCAUCGCCGGAGUUUACAACGCGCAAGAUGAUCAGGUUCUCACCAUCUCCGAAGCCGUCGAAGUGGGCCUCCUGCUCCGAGGAACUGGACUGGAACUUCUUGAAGCUCAGGCGGCGACAGGAGGAAUAAUUGACCCAAGAACCUCUAAAAUGUACAACGCGAUUGAAGCCUUGGAUGAAGGGUUAAUCCUUGACUAUCAGUUAGAUACAGUUAGAAGAGCAGAACGCGCUUGCAGAGGCUUCGUAACCGUCGACGUAAAUGGAAACGGCCAGAGAUUAUCUCUUUUCGCAGCGAUGAAGCGGGGACUGGUCGUUGAAUCCAGAGGCCUGAGACUUCUGGAAGCUCAAAUCGCCACCGGAGGAUUGAUCGAUCCCCAAGCAGGACAUCGAGUGCCAAUCAGCGCUGCUUAUCAAAGAGGACUUUUUGACCAACGAAUGAAUCAAAUUUUGGAAGACCCGACGGACGAUACCAAGGGCUUUUUCGACCCGAAUACUGAUGAAAACCUGAGCUACUUGGAACUGCUCGGUCGAUGCAUUCACGAUCCAGAAACUGAUCUCAAAUUCCUGGUCCUUCUUGAAAACGGCGCUGCAAUGAGAAGAAAACGAAGAGGAACUAGAAUUUAG